AUGUUCAGCAUGUACGCUGCUGUGAUUUUGAGCUUUGUAUUUGCAACAGUUACGGCUGAAUUUGACAAGGAAAUAUGCACAAGCUAUAGUUAUUCUGAGAUAACUUGUUGCAUGAAUGAAUAUCCAGGAAGAAUGGUAGAUGUACCAUAUGUCAUGAUGGCUGAAUGUUUAGCUACGAAAAAAACGAUGUGCGAGAAACAGUUGUGUCGAGCCAAGGGAAUGGGCCUCACUGAUGAUAACGAUAAGCUUGACAGAUCCAAAGUACUAGAUAUCAUGUUUAAAAAAGUUUUAGAUGACCCAAGUUUAUUGGAAGAAGUGAAGGCAAAAUGUAUCAAUGGUGACAUCACACCAUAUGAAGCUGUAGGAGCAUGUGAAGGCGAGAUUGUUAGUCGUUGUAUAACAACGCAAUGGUUGAAACGCUGCCCGAAUUGGAACGACAGCUCUACCUGCCAGCAAUUCAAAGAUGUUUUUGUAAAAGAAUGUUGAAUUUAUUUACACUUUGUUAGUGCUUAAAACUACUAAAUAAAAUGUGACACA